UUUUCUUUUCUUUUUUUCUUUUCUUUUCUUUUCUUUUUUUCUUAAUAAUAUAUUCUCGUAUAAUGUGAUCUUGUUCCGAAAUAAUUUGUGUGAUUACCUUUUUUCAGCGAAAUUUAUGCCAGAAUCGACACCACCACCGCCACCCUAUGCCUAUCCACCACCAGGUAUGCCAGCUCAGGUUCCGGGUGCAGCUGUUCCGGGUGCCGCACCAGCCGCUGCACCAGGAGCUGCAGCGGGAGGAGCGGGUGGUGGAAGCGGACAACAGACCGCUGGUGCAGCGUUAGUCGGCAAUUUGAACGGCAUUCACAGCGUGAUGUAAAGAGAAAAAGAAAAAAAAAAAAAAAGAAAAAAGAAAAAAAAAAGGAAAGAAAAAAAAAGAAAGAAUAUUACACUCCUCCGUACUGUAUCGCAAUAAGAAUUUUCCAUGCUAAUCUCAAACGAGCAACGUGAUGUCUAUUGGCGUAUAUAAGCGUAUAAGUAAAAGAUAUACUAUAAAGUAUAUUAAAGAAGGAGAGAAAGCUUCGAUCGAUUCGCUAGAUUCGCGUGUCCAAAAUUCUGAUCACCACAAUCACACAGUACAGGUUUCUUUUCGACGUUUACAAUAAGAUAGAGGAAAGAAUCGAAUAAAUUAAAAUAUCGAUGAAAUAAACGUUUGAUCGAGGAACGAACAGCUAACGCGUUAACUGCCGCGAUCCGCAAUGAAGAUGAGAGACAAAGAUAAUAGCUGAUUCGCUAAAGAUGUUCCCUGUUUUCAAGCAAUCGUUAAUCGUUAUCGUUUUAACCGCAUCAUAUCGAUCGCAGUGCAUACAAUCUGAGAACUUUUCGAGAAAAGUUGAAGAAUGACAAAAAAGACGCGUGGUGCAUAUUUAUAGUAGUUCCUCUGUGCAGUUAAUGUGUUAAAAGUACGCUGCA